CAUUUUUUUUCCCCUUCUAACUAGUUUCCCGCCUGAGCAAAUUUCUGGUUAGUUGAGCUGACUCACAUUUAUUCAUCUGAAGCCUUAAACCCCCCAAAACCCUAAAAACACAGUCAUCACCAAUUUUCAAAAAAUGCCCUCCGACACAGUCGGCAAUGGCGUCCUGGUCCCAUUCUCCGGCGAGGGCAGUGACUCCGUCGCGGUUUACCCUCUCAACCAUGGCCUCUCCCUUCCAAUUUCUCGCGUCGCCAUCUCCUGGUCCCGCGGCAACUCCCUCCGCGUCUCCCUUUUCGCCGAACCUUCUGCAACCAGUCCCGACUCCCAAGCAUCCGGCGCCAAGGUCGUCGAAGUUAAACUCAGCGGCGAAGAUCCGGAGAUCUCCGACUCUAAUUGGCGGCGAAUCGCCUACGGCUCCGUCACGCCCUUCGCGCUGCUUCAGAGUCGCCGGAGCUCUCUUGCCGCUUUGUCAAAGUCUCCCUCGCCGUAUCAUGUAGAUUGGUGGGAGCAUGUGCUUGAGUAUAGUAAGGAUAUAGCUUCACUUCUUGGGGGGCCAAAGUUAUCUCCCGGUCCGAUAAUCGAAGACCCCAACGCAAUUGCCACGAAAUGUGAGGAGCCGACAUGCUUGAAAGCUGCAUGGGAGUUGCUGGAAAUGUUUUAUGUGGACAAGCGAUCUCAAGCAUGGCUACCUGAAAGGCUUGUUGAUUGGUUAGCUGAUUUCGACAGCCUCUUUACUAGUACACAUGAAACCAUUCAUGGCAAACUUGUCAAUUUUCAGAAAGAGCUUGUCAAUAUACAGGUGAUUGAGGAUGAUCCUAGAUAUUGGGAAGUGAUGUCAUCUGCAUUGUCAGUUGGUUGGCUUGAUAUUGUGGUGAAAAUGCUGCGCUUGCAUGGAUCUUAUCAAUUAGAUCAACUCAGCAGCCGCGAGCGAGAGAAUGGACUUGUGGAGGUAGUUGCUGUUCUUAUUUCGAAAAUGCCCCGCUUGCGUCCUGAGUCUGCUGUAGAAAAUCUUGGAGAAUGCUUUAAAUCAAAACCUGACUUUAUCAAGGCCUGGGAAAAAUGGAGGUCUCAAAUUACGAAACUAGACUGCAGUCCAUUCUGGAUUCAAUGUGAUAAUCAACAGACAUGUGAUGGUUUGAGAAACUUGCUGCAAAUUAUGCUGGGUAACACUGAGAGUCUCUGCACUGCUACAUGUCAUUGGAUUGAGUUGUAUGUUUCUCAUUUUCUGUACAUCAGGCCAUUCACAACAGGAAUAGAAAGCAUGUAUAAUUUGGCCCAAAAAUGCAUGCAAUUGAAACCACCAUCCAGUAUCCAUAAGUUGACAGGACUUAUGAUUGGCAUUCUUGGAGAAAACACUGAGGUAGUUUUAGCAGAAUGUUCCAGAGAAUUUGGUCCUUGGAUGGUUGCACACGCUGUAGAAUUGUUGACUGCAGGGAGUGAGCAAGCAGAGGUUCUUCUACAUGAUGAGCAUUAUAACUUGGGGGGUAUCAGUAUAGUGGAACUGCAUCGGCUUGCAUAUGCUCAAGUUCUAUCAUCACAUGCAUUGACCUGGCAAAUAGCUCCAAUAUAUUUAACUUCGUGCAUGAAGCAAGGAAUGGGCUUGUUAGAGAAUUUAUUAUAUCGACAAUCUGUCCAACACAAUGACACGCUGCUUAAGAACAUUGAGAUUUGCCGUUUGUACGAGCUUGAUCAUAUCAGUUCAAAGAUCAUGAAGGUUGCUGGAGUAUUUCACUGGAAGCAUGGUCGUAAAGGUGCAGGAGUAUUUUGGCUUCAACAAGCCCAAGAUGCAAGUUGUCUCGGUAGGAUUGCCCUGCAGUUAUUUGAUGCUGUUGGAAAGUCAAUUUCUGAUGAAAGCUUCAAGCAAUGGGAAGGCAUAAUUGAAUUAUUGGGUUCUGAAUCUAAGCCUGCAGGGGGUCUUGAAUUUUUACACAAGUACAGGGAUUUCAAAAAAUCCCUUCAGCAGGUAUCUGGUGGAAAAUCUACUGAGGCUGCCAGACAAGCUGUAGGCUCCCUCAUACUGCUUAUGAAAAACCCAUCGACCCCGCCGCGCUUUUGGCUGCCACUUCUUUAUGACUCGUUGAAGCUGCUCAAUUGGAAAGAUUGUUCUCUUCUCACCGAGUCUGAGACCAAUCUUCUGCUGAACAAACUUCAAGAGUUAUCUUUGGCGAGGUUGCGCCCACAUUUCACUGAGCCAAGCUUACCCCCUGAAGCACUAAGCUCUGUCAGGCUGGCUCUAGCUACAAAUCUUGGUCGUGCUAUACUUGAUGAAUAGGCUGACCAAAUAUAUUCCAAUGGGGAUUCGCCCAAGGCAUGUAGAAGGGGCUUGUAAAUUGCUAUGUUCCAGUGGUUAUCACAAUUGUUGUCUCAGGUUUCUAAUAGAGGGGGCUUGUAAACUGCUCUGGCCCAAAUGAAAACCAAUACAGGACAGUACUAGACAAGCAUAAAAAAUAUUAGGAGGAUAAUUUUUAUCGCUGAUCGGGUUUUUGGAGUUAUUCGAUAGUUUGUAAGAGAAUAAUUUCCUUCCAAAACUUGUAAUUUUAGUUAAUUUCAAUGUCAUAUUGGAGGAUUUAGUUGCAAAAUUUAUGUUCAGGCAUUA